GACGAACGGGCGCAGUUUGGCGCGCGCCGCCGGCCCCAGCGGAUGUGUCUGUGACGCUCGAGCAUGUAGCUCUGUUUGGACAAGUGCUAAGUUGAUCGUUUGUGAUACAGCUCGUUCGGGCUCGCAUUAUGUGUAAUUAACAGUUCGAUUUGUACACAAGUGUAACAGUUAUUGUUCUUUCGGAUUGUUGGUGUCACUGGAUUGUCAUUUGUCAUCAGGAUGACGCCGCAGGAGGAGCGCGACGCCCGCGGCGCGGGGCUGGCCGGCGCCGGCUGCGCGCUCGCCGACGCGCUGGAGGACGACAUGUUCGGCCCGCCGCGCACCGAGCCCGCCGCUCGCCCCAAGCUCUCCAUGAUCUCCGCCCGCCUGCGCGCCAACGAGGAGCGCAAGCGCGUCAUCGAGAUCUGCUCCCAAAAACUAGAAAACAUCGAAGAUCCCGCGCGUGACCUGCGCCGGUCCGUGUGCAUAAACAACACCUACUGCAGACUGAGCGAGGAGGCUCGCCGCGAGAAGGAGGCGCGCAGACGCCGCGCGAGGGAGGAAUGUGACGACUCGUGGGUCGGCAAGAAGGCGCGGAGGGCGGUCGAGGACGAGUGCCUGGCCCUGCUGGACGCCAUCCCCGAGCUGGGCGACGCGAACCUCGGCUGCGCGCAGCUGGCGCGCCAGCUGCCCCGGCAGGACGCGCUGCUGCCCCCCAGCCUGCUGACGGUGCUCGACUCGUGACCGCGCAGGCCGGCGCACCUCACCCCGCUGUGAAGCGAGCGCGAGUGAGCGCUCGUGUGACCCCGAAUGCGCCCGAGUCGCUGACCGCGUUACCGGACACUGUUCGGAAACAAAUGUGUCAGAAGAGCCUGCGCAGCCCGGUAUGCGCGGCGGCUCGAGGCGGGACAGUGUGUUAUCAUGGACGUUACCCCGGACUGACGUUUAGCCAAUUCUUUGUUAUUAAGGAGUACUUACUUUGUUAGUGCGUUUUUUAUUAUUUAGUGAAAGUUGCUCAGGCGCUACCGACGGGCGCGGUCCAAUUAGUGUUCAACGAUUUAUUUUUUUAUUAUCGCACAGUUGAAGUGUUUGGUUAGCUAUGACGUCGCGUCGUGUCAUGGGACUCGGAGAGUUAAUGAUACACAUUGGAGAAUAGUUCUAAGCGAUUAUAAUGUUACAUUAUUGUACUAUACAUAAUUUAAAGAUAGUGAUUAAGUAAUAGUGCAAAACGACUGGGAACGGCUGUGCCGACGCCGACGCUAAAGUAUUAUUUUUAUUUGAAUAAGUUUAGUACGGGAAGUUCGGCGCGAACUAACCGAAACACAGACAGUUUCUAAACAUCCGAUCACUUGGAAAGUAAAAGUGCAUUGCGCUGCACAUAGCGUUUACAACGCGAGGCGCUCUACCGCGAGUUACGUUAGUCGGUAGGAAAAAACACCUUGAAUGGUGUUAUAGUCGAUCUACGCGAUAUCUGUGAACUAGUCGGCGCACUCUGCUGACUCGGCGGCCGCGCCGCGGUAUGCGCGGCACGACUUUGUCACGUACCACUUUCCUAGCUGUACUCUUCCUAAUAGUGACGGAAAAAUAUCGUUGACGUUCUGUCUUAUAUUUUAAUGCUGUUACCGUCUUAUAAUGAUUAUAUUUUGUUACCAAUGUGUUUGCUGUUUGUUGCAAAAUGUUACUCAAUAUUAAUUUAUUGUAUUAUGUAUCGGAGUUGAAAAAGACUAAGAAAUAUAAGAGCGUAGGUAUCUUAUCUGAAACAAUAAGGUUGUUGGCAAUCAGUCGGCAGAUUGUGCAAUGCGUGAAGAAAUCAUUGGUAAUUUCGAUGUUAUUUUCUUUAGAAAUGUUAAUCGUCGCAAAAUAUAUCGGUAGUGGUCCGUCUCACCCCUCUGAAUGGUAAAUGGGUAGGCGGGGUGGCGCGGGCGGGCGGAGGCCAGCGUUCCCAGCACUCCUGUGAUAUUAGCCUAGCCUGUGUGUCGUAUUCGUGCUAGUUUCCCAAACGUUUGGACAUUGUGCUGUAUUCAAAAUAUGCUUUGAAAAUUGAUUCCCUUUCUUUGGCCAUUUUAUACGGAUUAACCGGAUUUUGAGGCGAUACGCCUUUAGCAUUUAGGCAUUUUGACAUCGUAAUGUGAACAUUUAAAAUGUAGAUUUUUUUAUUAUUUGGAACUGCGUUUGUAUGUUAACAUGAUAAGCAUUUUACUGUACAUAACUAAGUGCUUGCCGGCCGUCGCCCUAUUGGGGAGGCCGCGUACGUGAUUUAUAAGGCCAGAACUCGACAAAAUUAGGGUGUUCCAAAUAACACGAGACGUUCAGAAACUGUUCACACGAUAUUCAAUUGGAAUUGCAACCAAACGUAUUUUACAAAUGAAAACGCACAUAUUCGUAGGUAGUUUUUUCAGCGUAACGUAUUUCUACUGGCCACGUUUGAUAAAUAACCACAAAGAAACGAACAAGUAAUUAUGUAAAUGACCAAAAUGUAUUGUAGAUCGUAAGUAAAUAUUAAGGAAAUCAUUUUUCCCCGUCGUUUCCAUCGCGCCAGCGAUAUCUCUGCGAAUUCACGACGGUCGCGAAAAUUCUUCGAAAAAAGUUUUCCGCACAAGAAAUACCGUCAACCGAUUCUUAUCUAGAUAGCGACAUUUUUCUGGUCGACUGUAUUUGGAGGAGUAACUAAACUCUUAACUCAGUUUACUUGUAAAGUGUCGACACAGUUUUGCGCAAAUUAUUUCAUCUGCUUACGAAAUACGACCAUCAUUAUUUAAAAGUUGACAAUCGUUACAAUAAAUACGUUCCUUCUUUGUUAUUCCUUUUCUUUUGUUUCCGUAACUGACUGUGUUGAAUCACCAGUCUUAUUUGUACUUAACAAGAUCAUCAAGGAGUUCGAAUAGAAAAUUAAUAUUCGAACGUGGCUUCUAGAAAUUUCUCCUCAAAGAGAUGUGAGAUUUUAGUGAAAUAAAUAAGUAAUGCCGAGCCUCUAGUUUAAGAAGAGUCGAGAAAUGUGCUCGAUUGAGUUAGGUUUACAGAAAUGCCAACAUAAUAUUAUAUUUUAUUUUUAUCGGAGUAGUUUCAAAGGCUUUGAGAUUUUAGUUUCAUUUUCUUUAAUGUUGGCUGACAGGAUUUGGUGAGUGGAAAAAUGCACAAUGGCGUUGAAUGUUUCUAAAUACUCUGUUUACCAGACAAAUCUAAUUUGAAACUUUUUGUUUUGUUUACUUAAGUCACUUUAGUUUUAUUUUGUUGUUUCUGCAUUUGUUGCUUUUUUUUCACAUAAAUGUGUUCAUGGCAUUCUAUUUUAACGUGGAUGCGAAUGGCAAUCAGAUUUUGUACAAUAUUAUAUCCGUAACAGAUAAUGUUAUAUUUAGCUCUCGCCAGCUGCGUCUGCUUUAACAAAUUGUGAGUUUUGAAAUGUGGAAAUAAUACUCAAAUGAAGCGGUCAUUUUGUGAAACCUGCCAAUGGCAAACACAGUAAUAUCAAUAUGUUGAUAUAUUUAUAAAUGGACUUGAUUUUGCAGAAUCGAGAACCAACCCAAAUAUAAAAGAUUUAUUAAACCUUUAAAAAAACGUAGAUUAUCAGUAUAUCUUGAACUGGCCAGUUGUCUGUCAGGCUGGUGAGUUGGUUCCGUUUUACAAAAACAUGUCCAGAUAUCUCAAGUAAAUCUCAUGCUCAAUAAUGAAAUCCGUAGAACUGUACUUAUCAAUAUGCCAUAUAUUAUUUUAUAUCGAUUCAAAGAACACCUCCUUGGUAUUCCUACGUUGUAACUACUAAGUUUUCUCUGUUUUGAGGAAAAUUCGUUGCAAGGCUGUUUCCGAGCGUGGAGGGAAAAUAUAUUAUUUUGCCUCCGCGAACAAUUUCAAUGGAUUAGUCAAUUUAGUAUUAAAAUAAAUUAGAGGCGAGAUAUUGCGCGGCGUUUAUAAUAAGAACGUUUUGUAAAUGUUAUAAUAAUUUUAUUAUUGUGAUUAGCUGCUAUUUUAUAAAUGUUUCCUGUCAUAGGUUAAGAGAUCAUUAAAUAAAUAUUACUUAAACUGUA